GGGAGCGGGCGCGGCAGAGGGUGCUCGUGUGUGCCGGGAGCCUGCGGAGCCCGGGAGCCGCGGCGCCUCCCGCCCCGGCUGCGAGCACAGACCCAGCCUACCCCUGGGUGAAGCCACCACCUCCGAGGCCAGGAAGCUGUGCCGUGUGUGCCCCGCGUCUGCUCACAGCCGGCUGCUUCUCAGAGAGUGGGAGAGCUCACAUCGGGAUGUUGGAAAUGUGCAGGAGCCCCUGAUUGGGACUUGCUGUGGGAUAAAAGAAAUGAAGUUCUACGGGCUGGCUGGCAAGGAGGAGAGCGUGAUCAGAUUCGUGUGCUCCACACUCACUGGAUUUUGAAUUCCUGCAAGGAUGGAAAAUCCCCCUGCUGUGGGAUAAGCUGCCCCAUCUGUGCCUGCCUCAGCAUGCUGAAAGCUUCCACCUCGACUCCAACAUCACACCAGCUCCGGCCGUCGAACCUCGUUAGAACUUUGUCUGCUCAACUCCAGAGCCUGCUCAGCUCUGCCCUGCUCCUGCAGCCCACGAUUCCAUCACUCUAAUGAGCUGAACGAGUCCAGCGAGGAGCUUCAGGCUCUGUCUAACGCACCGGCCCUUUUGCAGAGCUCGGCCCUGCAGUGGUGUUGGAAGCGGCUCCCCCAUGGCUGCAGCCGGCGGCGAGGGGACAGAAGGGACCCGGCUCCUGCCGGCCGGCGCUGCCCUGGCCCUGCUCGGUGGCCUGGUCUACCUUGGCGCCCUGUGCGCUGCCUGUAAACGGAAGGGCAGGAAGAAGGUUGCUCCGGACGGGGUGAAGCUCGUGGAUGAGGCCCUGCUCCGCCAGACGCAGCUGCGGUCACUCAGCAAGUCGGACACGAAGCUGCACGAGCUGUACCGGGUGAAGGUCAGAGACGACGUCCAGCGUCCGGCCAGCCUGGAUCUCGCUUGUCCCGCGGCCCCUGGAGGCGAAUCCCUGCACAGCACCGGCCUCCUGCACCGCGAGCUGCCCCAGAUCCCCGUCCCUGAGCCCCCGGCCGCCUCCCCAGCUCCCGAUCAGACCUACUCCAACCUGCUCUUCACCCCGCUGCGGAAACCAGCGCCAGACACUGUCUAUGAGUGCCUGGCAGUGGAGGGCGAGGACGCCCCGGUGCCCCCCAUGCCCGCUGGCACCCAGGUGUCCCCUCCACGGGCUGUGCAUGGGGCAGCCGAUUAUGCCUGUGUCCAUAAGGUGAAGAAGACGGUGUCAGUGGAGGUGCAGGAUGGGGCUGCGGCAGGGCCCCCUGGAACACAGCACUGCUGGGAUGGUGCAGGCAAUGCCCCCCAGGCCAAGCUGGAAGAGAUGUACUCAACGGUGUGCAAAGCCACCAGAAAGAAAUCCCAGGUCCCUGCAUCGAGCCAAAGGGCCGUGAAGGAGGCAGGUUCCGGGUGGCUGCCCCCCCUCCAGCAGGAGAGGGCCCCGGCAGCCCCAGGCCCCCCUGACCCCUGUUAUGAGUCCAUCAACGACAGAGCAUGGACUGCUCAGGGCCGUGGCCCCGACCCUGACUAUGAGGCCGUGGACAUUAACUGGAAGAAGACGGCAAAACGGGGCAAGCUGGGGAUGCCCUGUGUCCCCGAGAACCUGUACGAGAGUGUGGUGGACAUUUGGGCAGGGGAGCCCCGGAAAGCCUCUGCACGGACAGCGGCCAAUGGGCUGGAGGUUUACAUCACCAACCUAUAGCCCCCCAGGAGCAGGGGCAGGGCCAUAGCAGGGUCCCACCCGGCUGGACACUGUCAGGUGCCGGGGGACAGGUGCCAACAGCCCUGUGCCCACCAGACCAGCUGCAUCCCUGCACACACUCUCUGUAUGUAUUUUCUGUUACUUUUCUAUGAGUGUCCUUGUCCCAUCCCAGCCCAGCUGGUGCCAGCAGGUUGAUGGUGGGAUGUCCCAAGAUGGGUAUUUUGGGGGUGCUGUGUGGGACCCCAGUGAGACAGGGCUGGUGCUGGCACGAGAUGGGAACAGGGUGGGGACCAUGUUUUGGGGUGGGGGAAUAACAGGGCUGUGGCCAGCCCCGUGCCUUGGGCUGCAGGAUCAGACCCUCAUCAGCGGGUUUCUACCAUGACUGAGAGUCUCUGUCCUCUUCACACUGUGGGGGAGCCAAAGGCUCCCUCCAGCCCCCAGGAAGCCCUGAGAAGCUUUGCUCCCAUCACAGAACAUCCCUUGUUAUGGGGAGAUGGGGUCAGCCCUGCCUUCAUGAAAUCAUAGCAUAUCCUGAGUUGGAAAGGACCCACAAGAGCUCAUUGAGUCCGACUCCUGACCCUGCACAGGACAACACAAAUUUCCCUGCUGUGGGCUGUGGGCUCUGCUCCAUCCUCCAUUCCCACCCUUUCAGACCCAUGCAAGGAUGUCUCCAUGGGCAGCCCUCUCCCAAACACCAUUAAAAGCCUGAGAGAAGGUUUACACUCUUAAA